UGCUGCAUCUAUUAAUUUAAUAUUUUAUUCUUUUACUAAAUAUUUUAUCAAUGAUGUUAUUACGCAUAUAAAUCUCACGUACAAAUACGAAUAUGUUUUAAAAUUGUAAGUACAGAUUUGCAGUCGGGAAGACGCGCUACAGAUGACAGAUGUUUUGAAGCACAUGCAACGACAUGUCGUGGAAUCCUUCGAAAAAUCAUAGCGAACGCGAAAGAUGGGUGUGUAUUUAUCCAAUAUAUUUGAACAAUAAGAGGAGUUUAAAAGACGGACGAAAGUUGGUCAAGGACAAAUGUGUGGAGAAUCCAACGCAUCAGGAAAUACGGGAUGUGUUGGUAGCAGCAGGUUUUAACGUAGGCGUCGAGAACAAGCUACAUCCCAAAGAACGUAGCAAGGAACCUCUGUUUCGCGGUCGUAUUCGCGUACAAUUGAAAAACGACGAUGGUACACCGAUACGAUCCGAGUUUCCCACUAGAGAUUCUCUCUUGGCAUAUAUUGGAACCACAAUUCCAAAGUUAAAGACUCGUCAGGGUAAACAAAGUUCUAGCGAGCAAGCAUCGCAGCCAUCCGCAUCAACAUCAAAGAAAGGAAAAGGCAAAGGAAGGAGAUAAAGAAGAGGAUGUGGAAUCACUUGUCACAUGGACGAUGACCAGGUGACCAACGAUGAUGGCUAAAUAAAUUGUGCAAAAGUACCGGAAGACUAUCCGUUUUAUGCAAACGAUGGUGGGACCCGUGUCUGUAAGGAUGAUGGAUAAUCGAACCCACCACUGGGCUUGCUGCAUCGUAUAUGUUUGCUGAAUAGCUGAGAGCUGGAUGUAUCAUUCCAAUGAUUGGGAUUUCUGCAUCGGAUAUAGCUGGACGUGAUCCGGCCUCUUCUAUCAUGUACAAUGAAGAGUUGCAUGUAUUCCAAGAAAUCGGACUAUUUAACGAUAUUUCACCGUAAAAUUCAUUUUCGGGUUGCUUUGUCUCGUCGAGGACACCCGAAAAUGAAUUUGUUGCAGAAUCGCUAUCAUAAGCCGCAUUGAAUGCUUUGAUAAAAUGGGAGUGACCAACCACUGGUCCUUCAUUGAUAAAAUACUGUGCCACUUUGUCGGCAUCUCCUACAAGGCAAUUCGCUAGUCUUUACUUUAAAUAUUGGAGACCGAUCAUAUUCAAAUAUGUAGAAGACGUUUCAAUUCUCGUAGUCUUUCUUAAUCAAAUGUCUUGCAUUUUUGUAUUUCUCGCGUAUUUGGAUAUUUAAUUAAUAGUUAAUCUUCUAUAUAUAAACAAAAAAUUACUU